ACAAAACUUGCGUCGCGGAGCGCCCUGCUUGACUUGAAUGGAAGGAGCCCGAGCCCGCCGAGCGCAGCUGAGACUGGGGGAGCGCGUUCGGCCUGCGGGGCGCAGCAGGUACAGGGCGCGGGCGGCCGGGGUGCUGUACCUCACAGGUUCCGUCAGCCCUGGCGCCCAGGUGCAUCUGACUUGGCACCCCCUGCAGGCACUAUGGCCCAGAGCUGGGCGCUGCUACUCCUGCUGCUGCUGCCGCCACAGCUGCACCUGGGACCUGUGCUUGCCGCAAGGGGCCCGGGAUUUGGCCGAAGCGGCAGCCACAGCCUGAGUCCCGAAGAGAACGAAUUUGUGGAGGAGGAGCCGGUGCUGGUCCUGAGCCCUGAGGAGCCCGUGCCUGGCCCAGCUGCGGUCAGUUGCCCUCGAGACUGUGCCUGUUCCCAGGAGGGCGUCGUGGACUGUGGCGGCAUUGACCUGCGUGAGUUCCCCGGGGACCUGCCUGAACACACCAACCACCUGUCCCUGCAGAACAACCAGCUGGAAAAGAUCUACACUGAGGAGCUCUCCCGGCUGCACCGGCUGGAGACGCUGAACCUGCAAAACAACCGCCUGACUUCCCGAGGGCUCCCAGAGAAGGCGUUUGAGCAUCUGACCAACCUCAACUACCUAUACUUGGCCAAUAACAAGCUGACUUUGGCACCCCGCUUCCUGCCAAACGCCCUGAUCAGUGUGGACUUUGCUGCCAACUAUCUCACCAAGAUCUAUGGGCUCACCUUUGGCCAGAAGCCAAACUUGAGGUCUGUGUACCUGCACAACAACAAGCUGGCGGACGCCGGGCUGCCAGACAACAUGUUCAACGGCUCCAGCAACGUCGAGGUCCUCAUCCUGUCCAGCAACUUCCUGCGCCACGUGCCCAAGCACCUGCCGCCCGCCCUGUACAAGCUGCACCUCAAGAACAACAAGCUGGAGAAGAUCCCCCCGGGGGCCUUCAGUGAGCUGAGCAGCCUGCGCGAGCUGUACCUGCAGAACAACUACCUGACCGACGAGGGCCUGGACAACGAGACCUUCUGGAAGCUCUCGAGCCUGGAGUACCUGGAUCUGUCCAGCAACAACCUGUCUCGGGUCCCGGCAGGGCUGCCACGCAGCCUGGUGCUGCUGCACUUGGAGAAGAACGCCAUCCGGAGCGUGGAUGCGGAUGUGCUGACCCCCAUCCGCAGCCUGGAGUACCUGCUGCUGCACAGCAACCAGCUGCGGGCGCAGGGCAUCCACCCGCUGGCCUUCCAGGGCCUCAAGCGGCUGCACACGGUGCACCUGUACAACAACGCGCUGGAACGCGUGCCCAGUGGCCUGCCUCGCCGCGUGCGCACCCUCAUGAUCCUGCACAACCAGAUCACAGGCAUUGGCCGCGAAGACUUCGCCACCACCUACUUCCUGGAGGAGCUCAACCUCAGCUACAACCGCAUCACCAGCCCGCAGGUGCACCGCGACGCCUUCCGCAAGCUGCGCCUGCUGCGCUCGCUAGACCUGUCGGGCAACCGGCUGCACACGCUGCCACCUGGGCUGCCUCGCAAUGUGCAUGUGCUGAAGGUCAAGCGCAAUGAGCUCGCUGCCCUGGCACGAGGGGCGCUGGCGGGCAUGGCCCAGCUGCGUGAGCUGUACCUCACCAGCAACCGACUGCGCAGCCGGGCCCUGGGCCCCCGCGCCUGGGUGGACCUCGCUGGUCUGCAGCUGCUGGACAUCGCUGGGAAUCAGCUCACAGAGAUCCCCGAGGGGCUCCCCGAGUCACUUGAGUACCUGUACCUGCAGAACAACAAGAUUAACGCGGUGCCCGCCAAUGCCUUCGACUCCACACCCAACCUCAAGGGGAUCUUUCUCAGGUUUAACAAACUGGCCGUGGGCUCUGUGGUGGACAGCGCCUUCCGGAGGCUGAAGCACCUGCAGGUCUUGGACAUUGAAGGCACCUUUGAGUUUGGUGACGUUUCCAAGGACCGUGGCCGCUUGAGGAAGGAAGAGGAGGAGGAGGAGGAAGAGGAGGAAGAGGAAGAGGAAACAAGAUAGUGACAAGGUGACGCAGAUCUGACCUAGGAUGAUGGACUGCCGGACUCCUUGCUGCAGCGCACACCUUUGCCCGAGAGCCCCCCACUCUGCUGUGCUCACACAGAUACACCCAGCUGCAAGCAUGGGGCAUCCCACACGACACAGGCCAAUACAAUCUCAUAUCCCCACCCCUCCCAGAGCGUGUCCCACGGCCAGACAUGUGCAGACAGCACGUCACACCCUCACACGCCCAGCUCAGCCACACAGCCAGUUACACAUUGCCCUCCAAACCACCAGUCUCUGCCCCACACCCACUACCGCUGCCACGCCCUCUCAAUCAUGCAGGGAAGGGUCUGCCCCUGCCCUGGCACACACAGGCGCCCGCUGCCUCCUGCUGCUGACAUGCGUAUGUGUGUGCUACAUACCACACACACACACACACACACACAGUCAUGUGCAAACAGCCCUCCAAAGCCUGUGCCAUGGCCAGCUCUUGCCCCAGCCAGAACAAGCCAUAGCAGCUCACCGUCUGCCCCGUCCACCUGUCCGUCCGUUCCCUGGAGAAGACACAAGGGUAUCUCCAUGCUCUGUGGCCAGGUGCCUGCCACCCUCUGGAACUCACGAAAGCUGGCUUUUUUUCCUUUCCCACUCUUUGGGGACAGGAGCCUUCAGGACUGCUGGCCUGGCCCGGCCCAUGAUGCUCCUGCCCGUGCUGGGCAGUCACUCUGCCAAGAGCCCUCCCCCAGCAACGCCCUGGCAGGACACAGGCACUUUUCCGAUGGGCAAGCCCCAAGGAGGCAGGACGGGGGGGGGGCCUCUUGGGUGCUGCUGGGGCCUUAGGGCAGGAGUGAAGCGGAGGUGGUGGGGCUGGGCUGAGCCGCAAGGCCGGGGGAAGGGCCCAGCUGCACCCAAAAGACAGCUUUGUUCUUCAGGCCUGUGGGGGAAGUUCCGGGUGCCUUUGUUUUUUAUUCUUUUCUAAGGAAAAAAAUGAUAAAAAUCUCAAAGCUGAUUUUUCUUGUUAUAGAAAAACUAAUAUAAAAGCAUUAUCCCUGUC